GCCGCCACUCAUACAGUAUCAAAUAAAUUGACCGUGUUGAUCAUCAAUUAAUCGUUCAAAGACAUUUUUCACCCAAAAAGGUCUCAGUUCUUUUUUGAGCCUCAUGAUAGUAAAUAUUCUUUAAUGGAUUAAUUAUUCUUCAAUGGAUUAUUAUUUUUUUAUUAUACAUUCUGAUUCUCAUUUUUUUUAAGUUAUUGAUUUACUUCCAACCCCCCCCCCCACAGUAUUUUUUGAGUUUCAAAGUGAUAUGUCACACAGCCAAAACAAUAUAACAAAAAUCCCCGCAAUAACACCCCUACAAUGAUUAACCUCCAGCUCCACAAUGUUUUUAUUCUUUAAUUCUUGCUUUAACCAAUCCAUAAGUGUAGACAAAAUGAACUCAAUACAACUCAUUAGCAAAUUCCCGUUCCAAAUUCUUCUCAUUUUGACAGCAUGUUUCAUAAACAGGUCAAAAUUUGAGACCACGCUGCCCAUUGGUCUGUUGUAGUCCCUCAUACCAAGUGAGAAUCAACCAUCCACUGAGCAAACCAGCUAUUCUUCCCAUCAGAUCGAGGACUAGCAUUUGAAAGAAAUGGAUUAAGCCUGUAGAUUUGGAGCAAACCAGUGCACUUGGUCUGAAAGCCACUAUGCCUUAAUCAGCGUACGAAAAUAGGGCUUUGCGUUUCUUUACCUUCGCCGAACUCCUUAGACUUAAGCCUGAGUUAUGCUCCUGCGUUGUGGUGACGGCAAAGUGACUACGGCGUCAAUAAGUAUUCGAUCGUUCUGCGGUGAGGGAACACGUUGCUCUGUAAUUCACCGCCAAGCCACUAGAGGGGUGUGGCAUUGUGUUUGUACGGUUUGGGGGCACACUUGUCGACUUCCUCUAGUUUAACAGAGAAAAAAUAAAUAAACAAUGCAAGAUGGAACACUUGAAUGUGGAUCUUCAGCUCAUCAACAUUGAAUAAAUGUUGAUCAUACAAAUGUUGAGGCGCAGGCGACGCGGACGACCGUUUCGAGCCGGUCUGUCCAACUUUUGAUGCCGUACAGAGAGUUCUAGCCUCGGUUAGAAACCAGCAAGCUGUGGUGGCUAGCUUCAAACUGGCGUCGAGCACUGCGUCCAGCGUUUUGUCCGAGGUCCGCAAAGCGCUCCCGCCCGAUUUGUUGGCCGUGUCCUACAACCAACCAGUGGGAGGCCAUGGCAGAUUUCUGGCAGCUAUGAAACUUCCCAAACUGCAUAGGAAGCGUUGAUGUUAACGUUAUCAUAAAAGCCCAGAGGCACUCUCAAUCAAUGAUGAUGUAUUGAGUGUGAACUGUCUGUUGUUGAAAAUCAAACAUCAAAACAACUAGUAUUUUGACACCAAACCUGUGCGUUAUUCUUCAUAUACUUGAAGUGUGACAUGUAAAUAAGUCACUCACAGCAAACAUAUGUAUACAAUAAAUUAUGAAGUGCACCAACCAAAAAUAAAACAUAAAGUGAUAAAAAGCUGACAGUUUUUGGCCGACUGGGUCACCACUUCGUGUGGCCAUUCGAUUCCAAACACACACAUACUUGUCUCGGUGGUUUUUCCAUGUUUUUAAUUCAAUCGCUGGCUGACCUCCAGCCCCGUAUUUUCAGCAAUCUCCUCCCACGAAUUGCUUGCCAUUUGGCAAUCUUCAUAAUGUCUUGACGAGACAUUGUAGGAGUUGUCGUACUUGCUCUUCAAUGCUCUCGUCGGCUUGGCCUGUAGCAAAAUCAUGUUUGACAAUGGCGGUGAUUUCGAGCUGAACCGGAAACAACAGUCGGAGCAGACCAAUCACAGUCCAUUUCCGCCACGUCAUAUGCGUCGACGUGACGCAUAUGACGUGGCGGAUGGGGGUGCAAGUCAGGCUACAGCGGAGGGUUGGCUCCUGGCUAGACUGAAAGACAUUGUCUCCUUCAUAAUUAAUGUGUACUUCCCCUGCUGGUUCCAAGUAAAGGUCAACAACAGCUGGGUGGAUGGUCCAAGGAAUGUCCUGUUUGAGCUAUCCUGCCUCCGCACCCAGCCCAAGGGCGAAGUUUUCCAGAGCAGUCCAGGCCACCUGGAUUUUCCGUUCUAUGGACUUGUCUGUUAUGGUGACCGGGGGACUGAAUUGAGCAUUUGCCCUCUGCCAACAGCCCACCAACUCCACCCUGACAUCCUUGACCAGCUGGUUGAUGCUGUAGUUCCUCCUAUCCACCCCAUCCUCCAACAGCCUCUUUUCCUGCAGGUAGAUGCCAUGCCUCCCCGGAGGGUAGGGAGCUCAGUUUGUAUCAUCGGUUCUCCUGGACCUGUCACAUCAGCCAGACUAGUACCAGCCUCAUGCCUGGUCUUGGGACCCAUCUCAAUAGGAGUUAUCAAUAAAAAGGUUCAACAGUUCAAUUCAAAUAUGUUUGGGUACAAAGUGUUCUCUUAAUGAUCUGUGAUGGCCGGCAGCAUGUCUUGGCAUGUUAGAAAAGUUUUAUUGGAAACUAAAUUAGUUUAAUUUUUAAAAGGACCAUUUUUUUAAUUUUUAAAGGGACCAUUUUCAACUGUAGUAAAUAUCUGGUUUUACAUGGAGAUGAUAAAUAUUGCAUAAAAAAUUACAUAUCUGAAAAAACAGGGUUUAGGCGGAAAUGGUCAAAAAAUGCAAAAACGCCCAAAAUAUACUGUUUUUUUUUUUUCAAUCAAAAAAGGGGGUAGGUAAAUAAAGUCAAAACUAUUUUUUUGCUUUUGAUUAUGAUCAAGUCUAUCAUAAGACAACUUGAAAACAUAGGGCCCCCUCUCAUUUCUCAACUUUUUAUUUCUUGACACACCCUACUGUGUAUUUUAUAUACAGUACUCUCUAAUUUCCUUCGUCCUCCAUGAAUUUAGAUGAUUAUCUUUACUGAGCAGGCAACGAUGACAGGUUUCCAUAUGUGCUC